AUGGGUGAAUCCAAUGGAACAGAGCACGGGAACUCGUUUCCGCCCGGGACAAUUGCGAAACUGACGUGUGAUAUCCUCAAUGAUACCUUCUACAACAUCAUACAUGAUAUCGUUUCGAAGGUUCAUCGCGAUGAAAAGAUUGCACGGAUGCGCUCGGCCGCUGUCGUUGCCCGACAGAAAGCUGAAGAGGAAGCAAAUCGGCGUCGCGAGGAAUCGGGAAACAAGCCAGCCACGGUUAAGGCCAGUGACCCGGAUUCGGAGGAAAUGAAAGGGGUCCGUGUGGAGACUGAAGCUGCCAUCUGUGAAGACGGAAAAGUCUACCUCAAGGGCAAUCCGCUCGAAACCACCAAAGAAAUCAUCUGCCCCGAGUGUCGAUUGCCCCGUUUGAUGUACCCUGUGACGGGGGCUGGGGCUCGGGCGCCCCCAGAUCUCUCCCGGGAGUACUGCCAGAAACAGCCGAUGAUCAGCAAGCCUGGCCAUGAUGUCCACGGCAAUCCCUUCGCCACUGACAAGCCGAAUACCAAGAAAAAGAAACAAACCACUACCGCAAAUACACCAGCGUCGAGCCCUCCAACUACUCCCGACAGCUCGUUUAAACAAGCAGCACCAGAGAAGGUUUCAUUCCCGACGGUGAAAUGCCCAAACUGCCCCAGAUAUUUCGUCGUGACAAGAGUGGCACAGCACUUGGAUCGGUGCUUGGGCUUGUCUGGGCGUCAACUGAACCGGAACAAGACCCCAUUGGAAAGCGGCAUCACACCUAACUCCGGACCCCCCAAACGUCCGCUUGAUGAUGAUACACCGCCUACGCUACCCAAGAAGAAGAAACUGGGCGCUCCGAAGAAGAUGUCUGGGAAGAAACCGCCACCCGCGCCCAGCAGCAAGUUAAAAAACGGGCUAACGCCGGACAUGGCGGCUGCCGCUGAUGGCCACAUAAAAAGCGAAACAAACGGGGACAAUGCAUAG